CUCGCUUGUAGGAUACACAGCCAUCUUGGAUCUGCGAGGAGAGGGUAAAUUAAUGCGGUGACAAACGGAAUGUUCGGUGCAACGAGAAAGAAGUUUGAUGGGGUCGAAAGUGACUACCCUGAUGAGAGCAUGUACUAUAACCAGGCGUCUAUGUUCCAGCAUCGAUCGGAGAAAGACAUGCUGCCGUCUCCCUCGCCGUCAUCGUCAGGUCAAUUGUCACAGCUUGGUGCAAGUUUGUACGGUCCUCAAAGUGCACUAGGAUUCUCAAUAAGAGGCAUGAGCAACAACAACCCUCAAUUGAACCGGAGUUUAACACAAGGCACUCAGUUACCGAGCCAUAGCACCCCAACAACAGGCGUCCCAACAAUGUCCCUCCACACAACACCACCUUCGCCGAACAGGGGGAUCCUACCUAUGAACACCAGGAACAUGAUGAGCUCGCAGGUAGGGCAGGGCAUGGGUAUGAGCGGCAGGACCAACAGUAUGGGCAGUUCUGGCCUGGGCAGCCCAAACCGCAGCUCUCCCAGCAUUAUCUGCAUGCCCAAGCAGCAGCCAGCACGCCAGCCAUUCACCAUCAACAGUAUGUCAGGAUUUGGAAUGGGCCGGAGCCAGGGGUUUGGAAUGAACUCCUUAUCCAAUAACAUCUUCAACGGAACAGAUGGGAGUGAAAAUGUGACAGGAAUAGAUCUCUCAGAAUUCCCAGCACUUGCAGACAGAAGUCGGAGGGAGGGAAACGGCAACCCUACACCGUUGCAUAAUCCACUGGCUGGAAGGGCGCCCUAUGUUGGAAUGGUCACAAAGCCAUCGAACGAACAGUCGCAGGACUUUUCAAUUCACAACGAAGACUUCCCAGCCCUGCCCGGCCCCAAUUAUAAGGACCCGACAUUGAGCACGGAUGAAAGCAAAUCAAGCUUAAACUCUUCAGGCAAGGGCAGCUCGAGUGCAGAUGGACCCAAGUUUCCCGGUGACAAGACAUCAUCAGCACAGAAUAACAACCAGCAGAAGAAAGGGAUCCAGGUGUUGCCUGACGGCAAGGUAACGAACAUUCCCUCAGGAAUGGUGACGGAUCAGUUUGGAAUGAUUGGACUCUUGACAUUCAUCCGGGCAGCUGAGACAGAUCCUGGGAUGGUUCACCUAGCUUUAGGAAGUGACCUAACAACGCUAGGACUCAACCUUAACUCUCCAGAGAAUCUGUAUCCCAAGUUUGCAUCUCCUUGGGCUUCAGCUCCAUGUCGGCCACAAGACAUUGACUUCCAUGUUCCUUCAGAGUACUUAACCAACAUUCACAUAAGGGACAAGCUGGCUGCAAUAAAACUGGGGCGAUAUGGUGAAGACCUGCUGUUCUACCUCUACUACAUGAACGGAGGAGACCUCUUACAACUCCUCGCUGCCGUUGAGCUCUUCAACCGGGACUGGCGGUACCAUAAAGAGGAAAGAGUUUGGAUCACAAGAGCACCUGGCAUGGAGCCCACGCUAAAGACCAACACUUACGAGAGAGGAACAUAUUACUUCUUCGAUUGUCAUAACUGGAGGAAGGUCGCUAAGGAGUUUCACCUUGAAUACGACAAGCUAGAAGAGCGGCCUCACGUGCCAACAACCUUCAAUUACAAUCCGGCCCAGCAGGCCUUCUGAAGCGGAGUCCGUCAGCGCCCAUCAGCUCUAGGAGCGAUUGGCCAGAGACAGCCAGCCGACCUGCCCGACCACAAAAAACCUGGUUUUAUUCCUCAACUGUCUGGACAAGGACUGCGGGAGGGGGAGGGGGGGUGGCAGGGGUCUCCACCUUAAGAACUGGUGGGGAGGGACCCUGCCUUACAAAUUAUGUGCUGCCCGAACACAAAACUUCUAUAUAUUUUCAUUCUGUUUUUAAAAUCCCCUUUUUCUUUUCUCUUCUUCUUCUCCCUCCAUUUCAUUUCGAGCAGGGUCAAUGUUUUGUUUACUCCUCUGAUGGAAAGCCCCUUUUGGUGUUUGCCUGGAGUCUUUGAAGUUGCAGUACAGCACACAAACACAACCAUUGGUAUUUAAAAAGAAAAAAACAACGCGGCUUGCGCUUUGUUUUCCGAAGCGCACUGCGAAAACCAACAGGACAGACACAAAGACAAAUCCAAUACAUGUGAAUACACAAGGGCAAAAGAAAAUGCAAUGUUCAUUGUUGCACUAUUUAGUAAUAAAAGAACACAAAAAUUGUUUUCUGCUUUUGUUUUAAUGUGGGGGAAAUAAAAACAAUCGCUCCGUUCCCGUCGGUGUCUGGAAGGACGCACAGCCCUGUCAUUAACAUCAUGGAGGUGCUUUUUUUUAUUUUGGUUUGUUUUUUUGCCCCCCCCCCAACCCUCUACCCUUUUUUUCCCCCAACAUAUUUUCAUUCCUUUUGCUCCAUCCACCUGCGUUCCUCAUCCCGAGCUGUUUACUGCUUAGCUUCAAUAAAUCCCGAUCAGACUGUUUCAGUGAGCGUUGUUGGGCACAACCUCUGGACCAGGUGGUUGUGAGCUUACCGAGAAACAUUGUUCCAGAAUGACUACAAACCCUUUUCAGUCUUUGUUACGAUUUUGUAAUAAACGUGUACAUUUUUUUAAUUUUUUGACAUCACAUGAAUAAAGAUAUGUAUGUAUGAAUGUGUAUAUAUAUGAUAUAUAUAGAUAGAUGUAUCUAUAUAUAUAUAUACAUGACGUCUAUUUUGGAAGAAGUAACUAUGCUUGACCUCGUUUUUAGGAGGUGACAGAAAUGGCAUUAUGUGGUAGAAGUAAAAACACGAAAGACAAAAAAAAAAAAAAAACAAUUUAGUGAACAGUAUGUUGAGCUGCCAGACGGGGAAUCACGUUUGUUACCCUGUGCACUUAAAAGACCAAUUCAACGAAACGAAUAAAGGUGACGUGCGGAAGGCCUGACUUUGACUGACUUGGGGACAUCUGUAUUGCGACAAACAAAACAAAACACAAAAAAAUAAAUAAACAAGGGGGUGGAGACAUUUCAGCUGCAGCUAUUUGAAUAGAAGCAUUUCGUAGGAAAGGGAAAACCGAUAGUACGAAAAACAGACCAAUCUUGUAUUUUCUGACCACCUUUAAAGCUCCCUUUCUUUGUAAUAAAGCAGAACGGCUUUCCUGAA